AUGAAUCAAAGGAAAUUUGCUGUAGAACUCAUCACUGAUCUUGGACUGUCAGGGUCAAAACCAGUAACUACACUAAUGGAGUGUAAUCAAAGGUUCACAACUGUAGAAUAUGAUCAAUGUGUGAACUCUAAAGAAGAUAAGAAGUUGGGAGAUCCAGGUCCCUAUCAGAGGCUAGUAGGAAAGCUGCUAUACCUCACCAUGACUCGACCAGAAAUAUGCUAUGCAGUUCAUGUACUGAGCCAAUUCAUGCAUUGUCCAAAGAAGUUCCAUAUGGAAGCAACUAUAAGGGUUGUGAGGUACAUCAAAGGAGCUCCAGGUCUGGGCUUGUUAAUGAACUCUGAACAGUCAACUAAGUUGACAGCAUUCUGUGAUGCAGAUUGGGCAUCAUGCCCAGUCUCCAGGAGAUCUAUAACAGGUUAUGCGAUGAAAUCGGGAAGUUCAUUAGUGUCAUGGAAGUCUAAGAAGCAAUGCACAGUAUCAAGGAGUUCAGCAGAGGCAGAAUAUAGAAGCAUGGCAGCAGGAGUUGCAGAAAUUUCAUGGUUGACAGGACUCUGUAAAGAACUAGGAGCAGAAGUUGAGCUACCAGUAGAGCUGCAUUGUGACAGUAAAGCAGCAAUUCAAAUUGCUAUGAACCCCAUAUUUCACGAACAUACAAAGAAAAUAGAGAUAGACUUGCACUUCAUAAGAGAGAAGAUACAGCAAGGAAUUGUCAAGACAAAGUAUGUAAUGUCAAAGGAUCAAGAGGCAGACUUAUUCACAAAGGCACUAGGAAGAUCACAUCACGAGUACUUGAUGAGAAAGCUAGGAGUGCUUAGUCUAUUUGCACCACCUAGCUUGAGGGGGAGUAUUGAAGAGAGUGAUGUCACGUGA